CGUUCAUCGACAAUGAUUCUCUUAAUAACAAUCACGAUUUGUUCUAUUGAAAUCACUAAUGCGUUUCCAAAAUUUGAUGGUGAUUAUGUAGUUGCUGAAACAGAUCAAGGAAAAUUACGGGGUCGUAUUGAUAUGAAUUAUUGGAAUGAACCAUUUUUCAGUUUUGAAGCAGUACCAUAUGCUCAGCCUCCAAUUGGGAAACUACGAUUUAAAGCACCCCAACCUCCGUUGCCAUGGGAAGACGACAUCCGUGAUGCUGUAGAACCAGGACCUGCCUGUGUUCAAUUCAAUGGUCAAGGAUCUGAAGACUGUUUAAUUUUGAGUAUUCAUUCCAAAAUGGAAAAUGAAAAACUAAUUUCGGGAGCUUUACGACCAGUAAUGGUUUGGAUUCAUGGCGGAUCUUUUAAAUUUGGAUCAAUUUCCAAUAAUUUAUAUGGACCUGAAUUUUUAGUACAUGAAAAUAUUGUUUUGGUCAAAAUUCAAUACCGUAUGAAUAUUUUAGGGUUUUUAAGUUUGCAGAAUGAGGACGUUGGAGUGUCCGGUAACGCUGGGUUAAAAGAUCAGGUAAUGGCUUUAAAAUGGGUACAAAAAAAUAUUGAAAAUUUCGGCGGUGAUCCUAAUCAAGUGACAAUAUUUGGAGAAAGCGCUGGUGGUGCUUCAACACAUUUAUUAUACUUAUCACCAAUGGCCAAAGGAUUAUUCCACCGUGUGAUUGCACAAAGUGGUUGUGGUUUGGAUCCAUGGGUAUUUAGCAAAGUUGUUCCACAAAAAAACUUUUUUGAAAUGGUUGAUUGUGGCAAAGAUGACCUCAAAGACGUUUUGGAAUGCUUGGAAAAAGUUCCAGCUGAUCAACUAGUUAAAAAGCAAAGAGAACUGAAAUUCAAAACGAAACAAGACUUUUUGGUUGUAAUUGAAAAUUCGAUGACAGAGGAAACAUUUUUAUCCGAAAAUGUUGAGGCAAUGAUUAAACAAGGGAAUUUUAAUCAAAUACCGUUUUUAGCUGGCUAUGUUCCACAAGAGGGUGCAUUCUUAUAUGACAAGGGACUAGGAAUGAAAAAAGGGAACAAUCCUCUCAAGGAAAAUUUAAUACCAAAGAUCGUUAAUAUCGAUUUAAAUUCAGAUGAAGCGAAAAAAUUGAAUGAUAAAAUAAAAGGUUUUUAUUUCAAAAAUCGUAACAGUACAGAGGAAAUUAUGGACGGUUACAUAGCUUACUUAUCAGAUUAUGCAAUAACUGAAAGAUUGUACACUGUUACUAAGUGGCAUGCAUUAAAAUCUACGGCACCCGUUUACUAUUAUAAAUUUAAUUAUGACACAAGUUUAAAUUUACGUGUGAAAAUAUUUCCACAAAAUUAUGUCACUCAUGCGGACGAUCUUGCUUAUUUAUUCACAAAAAAUAGAACGCCAAAAAAAUUAUCUGAAACUUCCAUUGAAAUGCAAGGCAUAAAAAGAAUGAUCAAAAUGUGGGCUCAAUUUGCUAAGACGGGUAAUCCAAAUCCACUACAAUUUGAAGAUGAGCAGUAUACUGGUCAUGUAGAAUGGAAACCAGUGACUGCUGAUAAUUUUUACUAUUUAAUCAUUCAACCAAGUUUGGAACUGGCUGAGAAUCCUGAAGAAGAACGAAUGAAAUUUUGGGAAAAUUUAUGGAUAUUAGAAAGUAGUCGAAAUUGA